AUGCCGGGACAGAUCCAGUAUUCGGAGAAAUACUUCGACGACGAGUUCGAGUACAGGCACGUCGUGUUACCGUCGGACAUCGCCAAGCUGCUACCGAAAGGAAGGUUGCUCUCGGAGUCCGAGUGGCGAGGCCUGGGCGUGCAGCAGUCGCGGGGGUGGGUUCAUUACGCCAUUCACCGGCCGGAGCCCCACAUCAUGCUCUUCAGGAGGCCCCUGAACUACGCUGCCUAG